CAGAAACUCCAUUGUCGUCAGCUCAAGUUCGUACCUUUCUGAUUUCUCAAGAUGCUACCAACAGAUUCAAACAAGGCCUUAUCUUUCAAACGAGGUAUUCAAGAUGGAGACUUGGUUAUCGUUUACGAGAGACACGACGUGAUGAAACCAGUUAAAGUAACCAAAGACGGUGUCCUUCAGAACCGUUUUGGAUUUUAUAAACACUCUGAUUGGAUAGGGAAGCCGUUAGGGACCAAAGUGUUCAGCAACAAGGGUAAAUUUGUCUACCUCUUGGCUCCCACUCCAGAGCUCUGGACGCUGGUGUUAAGCCACAGGACUCAGAUUCUUUACAUUGCGGAUAUCAGCUUUGUGGUUAUGUAUCUAGAAGUUGUGCCUGGUUGUGUUGUUCUUGAGUCUGGUACAGGGAGUGGUUCGCUUUCUACUUCACUUGCUCGUGCUGUGGCUCCAACAGGGCAUGUGUAUUCUUUUGAUUACCACGAGCAACGAGCUGCUUGUGCAAGGGAGGAUUUUGAGAUGACGGGUAUUAGUAGUUUAGUAACUGUGGAGGUUAGAGAUAUUCAAGGACAAGGUUUCCCUGAGAAACUAUCUGGUUUGGCUGAUUCAGUGUUUCUAGAUCUUCCACAGCCUUGGCUCGCUGUUCCUUCUGCAGCUAAGAUGUUGAAGGAGGAUGGUGUUCUCUGCUCUUUCUCUCCUUGCAUUGAGCAAGUACAACGCACUUGUGAAGUCCUCAGAUCAGAUUUCAUUGAGAUAAGAACGUUUGAGGUGCUUCUGAGAACAUACGAAGUGAAGGAAAUGAAAGUGGAGACUGUUGCUGUGAUUGGUGAGAGCCAAGACGAGGAGGACAAUGGAGGACCGAGACCAAGCAAGAGGAAGCACCUUUCAAACAACGGCGACUACGCAGUUUCACAUGACAACUCUUCUAAUGCCACUUCGGUGGUUAUGGCUAGGCCAUGUAGCGAGGCAAGAGGUCACACCGGCUACUUAACCUUCGCAAGACUCCAGUGCCUAUCUUAGAUACCUCAUUAUUUGAUCACGAUGUUACUUUUUUUGUUUGUUGUGAUUUUGCUUGUUGUAAUGCAAAUCUUGAAUUUUCAAUUUUGGUAAUGAAAAAAACAGAUCUCUACUUCAGAAGCUUUGUUGUUUUAAAU